CUAAGCUUGUCGACAGUUGGGCAGGAGGGUCCUACAACAAUCUCCCCCUACCAUAACCAUAAUACCGUAUUAUAGAAACAAAGUCGAGCAACAAACCGAGCUCCAUCAUAGGUUUCCUUCAAGCCCAGCAGACAACUUCCUCCACCCGCACUUAACAAAAGCCAUCCAGAACCAUGUCUGCGGAAAAGGAUGCUCAAAAGUUCUCCCUAGCCUACAUCUCUAUCCUCGCAUCCUCUGAGGCACCCUCAACCAUUGUUGAGAUACUCGCAGAUCUAGAAACAGAAGCAGCUUUGACUCCCUUCUCAUCAGACUCUGCCAUCCUUCUAUCAAACUUUUACGGCAUCUACUUCUUCGCCCUUUUCCUUUGCGAUGACUUAAAUGAAGCACGCUUCCUCAGCAAGCGUAUCCCCAUGCCAGCGCUCCAAUCCGACCCACUGCUGAUUAGCACAUACACACUCCUUCGCUUUCUCUACACCAGGAACUACGCUGAGAUCUACACCGUCAUCGAUUCCGCUCCCUGGUCCGAGCACGUCAGCCCUCUCGUCGUCCGCUUCAAGGACUAUUAUCGACAGAAGACGGUGUUGCUGUUGUCGAAGGCAUACUCGAGCAUUUCUCCCGUUCACGCAGCCGUUUACUUGGGCUUUAAGGGCGACGAAACCGGGUUGCUGGAGUACAUCGCACAGAGGGGGUGGUUGCUGGAUGAGAGUGGGCUUUUGAAGCCGGCGCCUGUGGAGGUCGAGGAAGGGGGGAUGGAUACUGAUGCUGAGGGCAAUGACAUGAGGAUCGCGAUAUUGUCCGGGCUUGUUACUCACUUGACGGAGGUUUAGGAUGGAGGUGGAGAGAUAGGGGAGAGGGCUAUAGUAGGGGUGAAUUGUAUUAAUAGUUAGGACACGAUAGGUUAAGCCCGGUCCUAGACAACCUUUUCUUUGUCUUGUUUCCCCAUUUUUUCAACUUCGGCCCCAACGAACCGCUAAUGAUAUAUAUUCUUUUUUUUGA